AUGGAUGGGAUCCUCUCCUUGUCGAGGAACCGGCCAACCAGUACUCAUCCCGUUCCGGCCCUGCGUUUUCUUGUUGACUCCAGGGUUGUCCUAAAGAAGAAUAACAACAUCCAAUGGAGUACCUGUUGGAGAAAAUGUCCUCAUCCAAUAAGGAAGCAAAGCCCAUCCAACUGCAUUUGUUAAAAACAAUCACAGAGGAUUUUUCAGAAAAGAUGAAAGUUGGUAGUGGUGGCUAUGGAGAAGUAUACAAGGGAGUGCUUAAUGGGGACGAAAUUGCUGUCAAGAAGCUUUUUCCCGUCCCUGGACUUGAUGAUGAGGCAUUUGAAAAUGAAUUUCGUAACCUCAAGAAGGUUCAACAUAAAAAUAUCAUCCGUAUGAUUGGUUACUGUUAUGAGAUAGCACAUAAAGAUGUUGAGUACCAAGGAAAAUUGGUUUUUUCUGCAGUAAUAGAGCGAGCUCUCUGCUUUGAAUAUAUGAAGGGAGGAAGCCUCGGCAAGCAUAUUUCUGAAGAGUCGUGCAUACUUGAUUGGCCAACCACAUACAAAAUAAUUAAUGGGACAUGCGAGGGUCUGCACUACCUUCACAAGGGACAAGUACAUAAGAUUUUUCAUCUAGACUUGAAGCCGGAUAAUGUAUUGUUGGAUGAAAAUUUUGUGCCCAAAAUAGGAGAUUUUGGUUUGUCCAAACUCUUUGGUACUUCAUAUACCCACCAAAUAAGCGCUAUGAAAGGAACAGUUGGGUUCAUGCCACAAGAAUACAUACACAAUCGCAAGGUGUCGCCAAAGAAUGAUGUGUUUAGCCUUGGAGUCAUAAUUUUCCACAUGAUGGCAGGAGAAAAGGGAUAUGGUGAUUAUUGGGAUGCGCGUCGUCGUCCAAUUUUUUCAAAAAGAAUCCAACAAGAUUUUAUUGACAAUGUACAAAAAUACUGGAAAACAAAGAUGCAGGCUACCGAAGGUUACAGAUGGGAUGAAACAGACGUCCUAGGGGUGACGACUUGUAUUAACAUGGCAAUGCGUUGUGUGGAGGACGACCGCGACAACCGACCUUACAUGACUGAAAUUAUCAGCGAGCUCAAGGAACUAGAUUUUAAAGUUGAAGAGAUGUUAAAUAAAGAUCCGAAACCAACAAUAAGCCAGCUGAGAAAUCGUGUCCAUGGUUUGAGAGAGAUGAAACAGAAUAAAAGUCCCCACGAUUUGGGAAAGGAUAUUGCUGUGGAUCCUUCCCUGGAGCUCUGCUUCCCAUUUGAGCCAAACAAGGACAUACGGUGCUGCCUGCAGCUCAUCAACAAGGCGGCGUCCAGCCACAUUGCUUUUAAUAUAAACACGGACGUAAAAAAGUAUCUUGCACGACCACACAAAGGAAUCAUCGCACCAUAUUCCAAAUGUUACAUCACCCUAACCUUGCGAGCACAGGAGGUGGCAUUGCCGAAUAUGCAAUGCUUUGACAUGUUGUCUGUGCAAGGCGUAAGAGUGAGCGACCACUUCACAUCCGAUGAAAUCACUCAGGACUUCCUUGAAAACGUCAGCGCCAUGGAUGAGGUGAUAUUGCCGAUUGCUUAUGUCGGAUUGGACCUCUAAUUAAUUUGCAGUACUUCUAUUUGUGGAAUAAUAAGGGAGUUUUGAACCUUCCAACUGGAGAAGAGACUUUAGGACAGGCAGAGCACCACUUUGUUGAGUGUUUGAUUUAUUUAUGUCUACAUGAGGUGUGGGGAUUUCCCAUCUACUUGUAUUUUCUCUAUUAUUUCAAACAGAUGGAUUAUAAGUGAUUAUGUUCCGUAGGAUUCAAAGUAUGUCUAGAAGGAAGGGGUGAUUAGACUACUUGAUCACAUAAAAAAUUAGACUUUUAUCAGUUUUAA